CGAAACUCGUUAGUCUUGGACGAUUGCUGUAGCAGGAAGGACCGACCGACUAUGAGUUUUGUUCAACCUUUACUAUUAGCUGCAUUGGCAGCUCUGUAUAUUUAUACGGGAUCUGCUAGCAGGGUUUCGGAGGACGAUCUACACAAGCCAAAGCCCGAAAUGCUAUUGACCCAGGUAAAAAAGACCAAAAACGGUUGGUAUUGCGCCGGAGUGUAUUGCCCCAUUGAGCGCACAGAGUCCUGCAAGACGACCAGCAUCCUGAAACCCACUAUUAAUAUUGAUCAUGAUUUGGUCGUUUUAUGCUUGGAUGGCAAAAACUUCCCCUUUUGCGGCAUCACGCGCAGCUCAAGAGUAGAAAACAUAUCAGUGGUGGAAUUGAACGAUCAUGGAGAUAUGGAAUAUGUUAGGAAAGAAAGAGUUCAUACGAGCGAAGGGAUAUCGGUUCCCAUCUGUGCCAAGCGCAAAAAAAAUCAAAAUAAACGUGGCUAAUUUGACACAUUUAUGCAUCGAAGCUAAAAUUCAUAUUUGUCUUUUAUGUAUUUAAUUCUACAAAAAUAAAGAUAUAUUUGUGAGCGACCAUUAAAUUGGUAGUAUGUACACUUUA